GAGGAUGGUGAUUGUUGAAUUGCGGUAAAUAUCGAUUGUGAGGUUAGAAUUCACACAUGUCCAUGUAAUUCGCUCAAGAUAACACGUCCGUAGUUUUCAGUUUUUAUCUUUAAUGUUGUAGUUCGUAGUUCUCAAAAUUAUCUAUCCCCCACGUUGAAAGUCAUGAACACCCCAUUAUCAGCCUUUGCCACCUACAAAACCAUGAAACCAGCUGCUGCCACGCACAUUUCUAAGAAGAAGAAGAGGAAACUCAAGAAGAAGCAUGAAGAAAGUGAAGUUGUCAAUGGUAGUUCUUUUGCCGAAAAUGGUGUAAGUGAGUCAGGAGAGUUGAUUGGACUAUCUAACGGUGAAGGCCCUUCAAAUACCGAUGGGAAAAUUAAGAAAAGAAAGAAAAAAUUAAAGAAUAAAUCGAAUAAAAAGCUCAAAUUUCAGAAUGAUCUUCCAGCUGUAGGAGAGGAAGCAAGCAUGAACGGAAAUGCGAAAAUCAAACUUAAAAAGAAAAUUCAUAACGAUGAAUUAGAAAGUGAAAGUGAUGAGAAUGAUGAUAAUGUUGAAGCUGUUGACAGCAAUGAUGAUUUUGAAAUUGUACCUGUUGCCUUUGAUAAUGUUAAAUUGCAGACAACUAAAGACAAGAAAAAACAAAAAAUGAAGUCCAAAAAGGCAGAUUUCACCCAUGACAGUACAAAAUCUGGUGAAGAUGUGGUCAACUGGAUGAUUUCUCCUCUUUCUGUUGAGGACUUCAUGAGUAAAACUUGGGAAAAAGAACCUGUUUUUGUCUGCAGAAAAACGCCAGAUUACUAUUCAGCCCUCUUGAGUACUCCACAAAUUGAUGAAAUGUUACGUAAUAACAGUAUCAUCUUUGGAAAAAAUCUAGAUGUAACAUCAUAUACGAACGGGGAACGAGAAACGCAUAACUCAGUUGGAAGAGCAUUGCCGCAUGUUGUCUGGGAUUUUUACGAAAAUAAGUGCAGCAUUCGUCUCCUGAAUCCGCAAACAUACUGCAAAAACUUACACACUGUCAACGCUAUGAUGCAGGAAUAUUUUGGUUGCUUUGUUGGUGCAAAUGCAUAUUUGACACCACCAGACUCUCAGGGUUUUGCACCUCAUUUUGAUGAUAUAGAGGCUUUCAUUCUUCAAAUCGAAGGACAGAAGAAAUGGAAAGUGUACAAACCAAGGUUACCAGCUGAGGAGUUACCUAGAUUUUCAAGUAGAAACUUAACAGAAGAGGAACUAGAUGAUCCGGUUAUGGAAGUGACUUUAAAAGCAGGAGAUAUGUUGUAUUUUCCCAGAGGUUACAUCCAUCAAGGUUGCACUGAUCCUGAUUAUCAUUCUCUGCAUGUCACAAUAUCUGUGUAUCAGCGCAACUCUUUUGCAGAUCUUCUAGAAAAAGCACUACCUGUAGCAUUGCAUUCAGCUAUAAAAUCGGACUUUGAGUUGCGGAAAGGCCUUCCAUUAAAUAUGAUCAAUCAGUUCGGCUUUGCUCAAAGUGGAGAGACCUCUGACGAGAAACGUCAGCUCAUAGAGCAUGUAAAAUCAUUGCUCCACCGAGUAGUUGAUUAUAUAGAUCUUGACUCAGCGGUGGAUAGCGUAGCAACUUCAUUCAUGCAUGACGCACUACCGCCUGUGCUGACACUAGAGGAAUUAAGCUGCACUGUAGAUUCUGGUUUGCGUAUGACUCAUGAAGGUCAUGUUAUUAAUCGAGUUCAGCUAGACCCAAGUUCGAGUAUUAAAUUUAUUCGCCGUCAUUGCUGUCGGUUGGUACAAGAGGAAAGUGAGCCUGAUGAGGAAACUGGUUUACGUGAAUUGGAAGCUCGAUUAUAUUACACCCUAGAAAAUUCCUUAGAAUACCAUGGAAAUGACCCUCAAUUUUUAGUUGUCCCUGAUUCUCUAGUUGGUUGUGUAAUAUCGCUCAUUAAAAGCUACCCAAAGUUUGUAAAAAUUGAAGAUUUAGGCCAUUCAAAUGAGGAUGAAAUACUUCAGCUGCUCACUGAUUUCUGGGAGCAUGGUUUACUUCUCACCGAAGAACCACUCGUUCCCAUAGAAGAACCCACUGAAUAAACAGUGAACUACCAAGGAACUCAACAAAACAAAAAAAUACUUCAUCAUUAAAGGUAAAUAAAUGAAAACUAAUCAGCAGAGGAACAGAAAAUGUAAGCAUUAAAAGAGAAUAAGAAAAAAAAAAAAAGAGAAAAUAGAAACUUGAAACCUUUACAAAUUACUUUAGUAUUUUUGUGUUCCAAUGUAGUCAAUGUACUGCAUAAAAUAAAAUUCUUUGAUUGCUCUAAUGGAGUGCCCUGUAUUGGUCAUUUUUAAUUUUUACUUUCCUUGUCUUUUAGAGAACUUUGUCAAUUUACAACAACCAAAAAAA